AUGUCAAUCCAACCAGUGGCCCAACAUCUUACUUGUGUUGACCCCUCGCAUAUUUCAGCUUUUGAUGGAGUUGUGGCCUCAACAUUGCCAGGAUGCUUUAUAAAGGCUUUGCGAUGUCAUGACCUCUGCACCAUGCCCAACACAUCCAAUGACUACUCGCCUCAGCCCCAAAUCAGUAGCCCUGGUCACAUAACUUGGGUUAUUCACCCUUCUUCCGGCCCAAUUAUGUUGAACCUCAAUGUAUGCUUGACCUGUGCAUCAACACACCACAACCUGGGCCUUCCAGAUAUCCUCCCUUUGACUCUGGCACAACUUCCUCUAGAGAGCACUGUUGCUCCUAUUGAUUCCAACUCAGAAACAGAGCCCGAUUCUGCUGCCGAGGACUUGAUUCCUGUUGCCAAACCAACGUUACCAGCCUCCGAUUCUGCAACGGAGACAGACUCUGGUGCUGAGGACUAUGUGCCCAUUGUCAAGAAGGAGCCUGAUGUCAAUCAGAACUCGAAAAAUACCAUGGUGCUCACAACAGAUUUAAAGCGCCGAAGAGAUUUUUCAGUGAACCUGGAUGAAGGUGGUAUACAGGCACCCAAGCGCAGUUGCAGAAGCUUUAUUCACUAA